AUGCUGUUCAAAGUGGCUUCCGUUAAAUCUGAGAACUACAAGAAGAGCUUUUUUUCGGGCGCUGAGAAUGGCGAUCGAUGGAUUCCGAUCUUGAUCUGUCCGAGGUCGCUGGCAACGCAUGGAAGUGAAGACAUUAUGUCGCUACAGACAUCUCUGCUAAAGCUAUUCGUGUGGGGUUGUCGUGCAAAAAAGCAGAAACAAUUAGGAACGCUCAAUAUCCUUGAUCAUACUCGGCCACCAUAG